AUGGUGUUUGUAUGGUCUCUUGUGUUAUUAUUACAAUUUCUUUUUCUUUAUUCACUCUUGUCUUUCACAUUUACUACAUCUUUUUCUUUAACUCACCCAAAGUGUCGUCAAUAUGAAAGCCAUGCCCUGUUGCAAUUCAAGGAAGGCUUUAUCAUCAAUAACUUUGCCUCUACAAAUCCCCUAAGUUAUCCCAAAACAGCCUCUUGGAAUGCGAACACAGAUUGCUGCUCAUGGGAAGGCAUUAUAUGUGAUGAACACACAGAUCAUGUGAUUCACAUUAAUCUUAGAAGCAGCCAACUCUAUGGUACAAUGGAUGCAAAUACCACUCUCUUUCGCCUUGUACACCUUCAAAAUCUCGAUCUUUCAGAUAAUGACUUCAAUUACUCUCAAAUCCCUCACCGGAUAGGCGAGCUUACGCAACUAAGGUAUCUAAACCUAUCUCAUACAACUUUUUUUGGAGAAAUUCCACCUCAACUUUCAUACUUGUCCAAGUUACUGUCUCUUGAUCUAGGCUACAAUUUAAGAACAAGUCCCGGAGGUUUUGCGGUUAAUUUCUUGCAACUCAAGUUUUCUACUCUCAAAAGCAUAAUUCAUAACUCAACAAAACUUGAGUCUCUUCUACUUGAUUAUGUGACAAUUUCAUCUACUUUACCUGACACACUCACAAAUAGAACUUCGUUGCAAGCACUAUCUGUUUACAAUUCUGAAUUGUAUGGCGAAUUUCCCGUUGGAGUAUUUCAUCUUCCAAACUUGAAAUAUCUAGAUUUGAGAAAUAAUCAAAAUCUCAAUGGUAAGUUGCCUGAGUUUCAGUCUAGUUCACUCAUCAUGCUGCAACUUGGCGAGACAGGUUUCUAUGGAACACUGCCAAUAUCCAUUGGAAAUCUUAGUUCACUAAAUAUGCUAUCAAUUCCACGUUGCCAUUUUUCGGGGAAUGUUCCUUCUUCACUUGGCAACCUCGCGCAGCUUAAGCAUAUAAGCCUUCAGUAUAACAAAUUUUGGGGCGACCCUUAUGCGUCUCUGGCAAAUCUUACCAAACUACGCAACAUGUAUGUUGGUUAUAAUGAAUUUACUUUCGAGACAAUCUCAUGGAUAAGUAAGCUCUCAUCAAUAAUCGGCUUGGAUAUAUCCUUGAUCGAUAUUGGUAGUGACAGCCCAUUAUUUUUUGCAAAUCUCACCCAACUACAAUAUUUAGGUGCAGAAAAUAGCAAUUUAAGAAGUAAAAUUCCAUCAUGGAUAAUGAAUCUAACAAAUUUAGCUGAUUUGAACCUUGGACAUAAUAGCCUUCAUGGUGAAAUCCCCAACUCUUUCUUCAGACUUGAGAAACUUGAAAGUCUUUCCCUGAGUAAUAAUGUGUUGCAUGGAAAGCUAGAGUUUGAGUGGUUUCUGAAGCUCAAAGAGCUACUUUACCUUGAUUUAUCAUUCAACAAACUGUCAAUAUCCAAUGGAAAAAACUCUUCCAAUGUAACUGGUUCUCGAAUCCGUGUAUUAAUUUUGGCUUCAUGCAAUUUAGUUGAGAUUCCAACAUUUGUAAGAGAUCUCGGUGAUCUUGAAGGUCUGAUGUUAUCAAACAACAGUAUAACAUUGCUACCGAAUUGGUUGUGGAGAAAACCAAGUCUGCAAAGUGUAACUAUUUCUCAUAGUUUAUUGACAGGAGAAAUAAACUCAUCCAUAUGCAAUCUCAAAUCACUUGUGCGUCUUGAUUUAUCAUUCAACAACUUAAGUGGCGAUGUUCCCUCGUGUAUAGGGAAUUUUAGCCGAUAUCUACAAGUUCUUAUGCUAAAAGGGAAUAAAUUUUCAGGCCCGAUUCCUCAAAGAUACGCGAUGGGAAAUACACUUCAUAUGAUUGAUUUCAGCAACAACAAUCUUCAAGGUAAGCUGCCAAGAGGAUUGGAAAAUUGCAGAUAUCUAGAGUACUUUGAUAUUAGCCAUAACAAAAUCAACGAUUCAUUUCCGUUUUGGCUGGGAGAUUUACCUGAGUUGAAGGUAUUGGCUUUAAGUGAAAACCAGUUUCAUGGCGACAUAAGGUGUUCUGAGAACAUGACAUGCACAUUUCCCAAGCUUCACAUCAUUGAUCUUUCUCACAAUGAGUUUUCUGGCAGUUUUCCAUCAGAAAUGAUUCAGAGUUGGAAAGCAAUGAAAACUUCCAACACAAGUGACUUGCAGUACAAGCAAGGGUUUGCUUACUUGAGAUCCCGCCUUUCGGGAGAAUAUUGGACAGUAUAUAAUUCUUAUUCGUUCACGUUAUCAAACAAAGGACAGGUAAUGGUUUAUGAGAAGCUUCAAGAGUUUUACAGCAUGAUAGCCAUUGAUAUAUCAAGCAACAAAAUCAGUGGAGAGAUACCAAAAGUCAUAGGCGACUUGAAGGGUCUAGUUUUGCUCAACUUGUCAAAUAACAUCCUUAUCGGAAGCAUUCCAAAUUCCUUAGCAAAGCUUUCAAACCUUGAAGCAUUGGAUCUUUCUCUUAACAGUCUUUCAGGGAAGAUUCCCCAACAGUUGACACAACUCACCUUUCUAGAGUUCUUUAAUGUGUCCUUCAACAAUCUCACUGGUCCUAUACCUCAGAAUAAGCAGUUUUCGACAUUCCAAGGUGAUUCAUUUGAGGGUAACAAAGGUUUGUGUGGGGAGCAGUUGUUGAAGAAAUGCUUAGAUCAUGAAGGGCCUUCAUUUUCUCCAUCUGAUGGUGACCAUGAAUCAGAUUCUUUCUUUGAAAUUGAGUGGAAAAUAAGUCUAAUUGGGUAUAUAGGAGGUCUUGUUGCUGGAGUGGCAUUAGGAAGUAUUUUCAGCCCACGGGUAAUUGGAUGGCUUAAAAGGAUCUUUUGA